AAAUUGGAGCCUGAAUCGGUGCAUCCCAUCGAUCAUUCAACCUCUCCUGAUUACCCCCUUUGUCCCUCCCUGUUCUCCAAUUGCGCGUCUAUCAUUUUUGUCAACCCAUCAAUCAUUUCUUUCGUCCCGCAGGCGCCUCACAAAGUCAGUCAGCUGCAAGUCCACGUCUGUGUCGUCCAAGCAAUCAAUUGGCUGCAAUACCCAUCAUUCGCACAAAUCAAAACCCCCCCCCCCCGGCCUCUCCUUCUUUUCUUUCGCCCACCUCUUUACAAUUGCCGUGCUUAGAUUCGUGCCCCAUUAUCGUACAGAAAUAGACCUUUUCGGUUCGAUCAUAGUGUCUCUUGCCUUCCCUAUUCCAACUCCAUGGCUUCUAUAUCCCAGAUGCCUUAUCGACGACCCUCUCGGCAGGGUUCUAGGCAGGCGUCGAUAGAUACGCGGGAUGAGAUACAGGUCCGCGUAGACCACUACAUUGGAAUUGAUGUCGGGACUGGCAGUGCCCGCGCUUGUAUAAUCGAUAGCAAAGGCGAUAUUGUCGGCCUAGCCUCUGAGAACAUUGGUCUUUGGCAACCUCAACAAGGAUAUUAUGAACAAUCUACGAACGAUAUCUGGCGAUGCAUCUGUGUAGCUGUUCAGCGCGCAAUCAGCCAACACAACAUUGAUCCAGAGACCGUGAGGGGCAUUGGGUUCGAUGCGACAUGCUCGUUGUCGGUUUUUUCUAACGUUACGAACGAACCGAUAUCCGUGACGGGUCCCAACUUCAACUCGGACCGCAAUGUGAUCCUCUGGCUCGAUCAUCGCCCAGUGGACGAAACCGAAAGAAUCAAUGCUACGAACCACAAUCUGCUCCGCUAUGUAGGCGGAAAGAUGUCCAUCGAGAUGGAGAUUCCCAAAGUCCUGUGGCUGAAAAACAAUAUGCCAAAGGAGCUCUUUGAUCAGUGCAAAUUCUUCGACCUGGCUGACGCCCUGACUUACAUUGCCACUGGCGCCGAGCAGAGAAGCUUCUGUAGUGUAGUCUGCAAGCAGGGAUAUGUUCCUGUAGGUGUUGACGGCAGUGUAAAAGGUUGGCAGGAAGACUUUCUGAACGAAAUUGGUCUGGAGGACCUGUCGGAGGAUAACUUCAAGCGAAUGGGCGGUGUCGACGGGGUGAAUGGCGAUUAUCUUAGCGCUGGUGAACUGGUCGGCACAUUGUGUGAGAAGGCUGCCUCUGAGCUGGGUCUGCCCCCGGGGAUUGCAAUCGGCAGCGGCGUCAUCGAUGCCUAUGCAGGCUGGAUUGGCACAGUCGGCGCUAAGGUCGAUCUCGAGUCGGAACAGCUGAGCUCUGACAUCGCCAAGAACGAUAAGGCACAGGCAUUCUCUCGCUUGGCCGCUGUCGCUGGAACAUCAACCUGCCAUCUUGCGAUGUCCCCAGAUCCUAUAUUUGUCCCUGGUGUCUGGGGGCCUUACCGCGAUACUAUCCAGCCGGGAUAUUGGAUGGCCGAGGGCGGCCAAUCCGCAACCGGGGAGCUGCUCAAGCAUGUUAUCGAGACUCACCCGGCGUUCAAUCAGGCACUCUCGAUCGCUGAGUCGUACAACGCCAAUAUAUAUGAAUAUCUAAACGAGCAUCUGAAGGAACUGGCUCAUGACCAGAAGGCUCCUAGUAUCUCUUAUCUGGGCCGACAUGUUUUCUUCUACGGUGAUCUUUGGGGCAACCGUUCCCCCAUUGCAGAUCCUGGAAUGACAGGUUCUAUGAUUGGGAUCACGAGUGACAAGUCUGUGGAUGGGCUCGCUGUUCAUUACUAUGCCACCCUCGAAUUUAUCGCGCUACAAACCAGGCAAAUUGUGGAGACAAUGAACAAAGCAGGUCAUCGCAUCACCUCCAUUUUCAUGUCGGGCUCUCAGUGCCAAAAUGACAUUCUGGUAAAGCUAAUAGCAUCUGCUUGUGACAUGCCCGUGCUUAUCCCUCGUUAUAUUCAUGCUGCUGUCUGCCAUGGUGCAGCCAUGCUGGGUGCCAAAGCCGCUAGUGCUGACGCAGAAGGCAAGACAGAAGAUCUGUGGUCUAUCAUGGACCGCAUGAGCAAGCCGGGAAAAAAAGUCGUCCCAACUACGGAUGAGACGGAGAAGGCCUUGCUUAACGCCAAAUACAAGGUCUUCUUAGAGCAAUGUUACAAGCAGCAGGAGUACCGAGCCCUCGUAGAUCAAGCCGUGGCCUCGUGGACGUCUUAACUCUCUUUCUCCACUCAAAUUUUUCCUUCGCGUUGCGGCAAUUAUGUUCACUCUUUCCUUUCUACUGAAGGAGGACAGGGGGAUUAUGACAGGACUUUCGGACAAUGUUACUAGCUAGCGUGCAUAAGUAGCCGUACAAUUUACACGCAUCUACCACAAGAUAUUACGCAGGAUAUG